AAACGUCUUAUAGGUUGAUUGUGCAGCAGUUUAUUAAGACCAAGAUUUACGCUUUUUUGUUAGGCUGCAGCCCUUUAGUGGCCCUCAGGAGGAAGUCAGGUGACAAAGUAUAAAGAGCAAGCAAUUCAAGAUGGUAAACGAUGGGUCAAACGAAGGACUUUCACCCAGGAGACCAGAGAUCACGUCAAAUGCGAAACCAAAAAUUUGUCACUGAUCUGAACAAGAAUGGAGACUCCUGGAUUGGUCUACAGGCCACAGAAAAACGGACACCAACAGGAUGGAUACGGGAAUGGGAGUGGGUGGACAGCUCGCCACUGACAGAAACGUUCUGGGCCGUAGGAUUGCCACAGCAGCACUGGGACCAGUACGCUGCAUGCUGCAAUCAAUAUGGGCAAUGGACACAGAGCAUAUACUAUAACCAAAAGAACUGGAUAUGUGAGAAAUAAGCGUCUUGUUUUUCUUGAUGACACAGUGGUAUAGAGUUGGGGACACAUACAGCAUGUUUCUUAGCUUUUUUAAUGCCUUUAUUUUUGACAUGAUUAACAUUGGUCCCAAAUCUUCAAUCUUUUUUCUCUGCUCCUCUACACUGUUUUGGAUCUAUUAUUAUCUGCAUGUAGCAGAACAAAGACUUUAUUCAAUCUAGCUGCACUUAAAGGCCGGGUCUGUUAUUCUGAAGAAAUCCAAAACCGUGACAAAUAUCAUGAUCUUUAGCGAACAGUGACACAGCAAGUUAUGUAACUACUGUUAGCCAAGUUAUGAGUUGGCAAACAGUUGUUGCUGCAAAGCUAACAUGAAGUCAACGUGAACGGAGUAUGAGAUUGUCCCAAAGACAGCACACCAGGUCCAUACAGCGAUACUUGCAACUCUUCUUCUAUCGAUAUCACAACAACAUGUCUUGGCAAACUAGAAAGUAAGCUAAAUGUCUGUGGGCAAUUAAUUAAGCAUUACCUGACACACAUCAUGGCGAUAAUAGUGUUGUGUGGAUCGCUUAGAGCAACUUUGUUUCACAUUUACAGAACCAGGUCUGAGUACAAACACUGUACUUUAUUUAAGCACACACAGAGCGCACGACAAGUGGACCGUGAUGACAAAGUGAAUCUGACAAAAACACAUGUUUUGGAUUAGAAUAAGGUAAUGACGACAUACCCUGCAUGUGUGUCAGUAAGGAAGAUAUUCUGUCAUCUUUCUUUUAUUAUAAAAAUUUGUUUAACGUCUUUAGGUUAUCAUCAUGAUUGACCCAUUAAAGCUCAAAUCAAACUUGUUGUCUGUGAGUAUUCUGUAAGGGGAACCAUGAAUGCAGCUAUGCACAAGUGUAUGUGAGCACAUACCUCUGUUGUUGGUUUGUAAUUCCUUAAUGUCCACAGAAAAUCAACUUUCAACUUAAACUAUCUAAAAGUAUAUUUGAUGUCUAAAUUCAAGUCAAGUGGGGCAAUCAAAUCAACAGACAAAUAUGUUUUGGUGUGCAGUGGUUUGUCCUGCUCUCACUUCCUGUAUUGAAGCCGCCCAACUCCAAGACAAACAAGCAGACAGUGAAACGGUUCAGUAAAGUUUUCAGUUUUUCAAAAUGCCUGCAAGUAUUAUCCUUGCUGCACCAGAUUCAAGCUUGAAUGUGAGAUAUACCGAAAGAGUUCAAGAGAACAGACGAGCAGGAGAGGAGAAUGAGGUGGAGAUCUCAGAGGAUGAAGAGCAUCACACUGAUCCUGGGUCACAACAAGCAAGACCACAGACUCUAAAGAAUCGUGUCAAAAGAAGAUGUUUUACUGCAGCGACUCUGGGAGUGAUGUAUCUUCUGAUAUUGGCUGGAGUCUUCAUACGCUAUAUUUCAGUCACUUUGGAAAAUGACCAGCUGCAGGCCAGAUACAACAAACUGUACAACAACUACAGCGAGCUGCAGGGGAAAGUUUCAGGGAAGUGGUGUCCUAAAGAAUGGAAGAGAUUUGGAUGCAGCUGUUACUUUAAAUCCAAUGAGAACAAGUCUUGGUCUGACAGCAGAAGUGACUGUCAAAGGAAAGGAGCAGAUCUGGUUGUCAUAAACAACAAAGAGGAACAGGAUUUCAUCAUUGGGCUGAACAAGGAUGGAGAUUCCUGGAUUGGUCUACUGGCCAUGGAAAAAUGGACACAGACAAAACGGGUAUGGGAAUGGGAAUGGGUGGACAGCUCGCCGCUGACAGAAACGUUCUGGGCAGCAGGAUUGUCACACCAGCCCUGGAUCCAAUACACCGCAUGCUGCAAUCAACAAGGACAAUGGACACAAAGCGGAUUUUAUGUUCUUAAGAACUGGAUCUGUGAGAAAUAGACUUGUUUUCAUCUGAAGACCAAAGAAAGAUGACAAGGAUAAAAUGUAUUACACAUCCCAUGGUGUUUCAUGUGCAUGAAACAGAGCAAAUUCUUCAUUUAAUCUUGCUGCAAGUAAUAAUAAGAUACUCUGCAUGUCUGUUAGUAAGAUUUUUCAGUUUGUUUUGGCAUUUUAAGUUUCUUAUCAUCGUAGAACCAUUCAAACCUAAACCAAAACUUGUCAUGUAGUUCCGUUUACCAGACAGAACAAAAAUAACUUUCCAGUCAAUACGUCACCUUUCCUGUGAGAUGCAUGUGUGUGAGUGCACUGUAUGAGGAACCAGGAAUGCAGCAAUGCACAUUUGUGUAUGUGAGCACAUACACCUGCUGUUGAGUGAAAAAUGUGUAUGUGUAUUUCCUCAAUGGCAUUGACAACAAGAAUCUUUAUUUUUCUGGAUCAAAUAUACUUAUUUAUACACCUGUAGUUUGUCUAAAUUGGGAUUAAAUUAAGUGGGGUUCUUUAAUUAACAGUAACAAAUGUGUUUGGUGUGCAUCUGUGUUAGUAGUUUGUCCUGCUCUCACUUCCCCAACUCAAACAAGCAGACAGUGAAACAGUUCAGUAAGAGUUUCAGUUUUUCAAAAUAUCUGCUGCACCAGAUUUAAGCUUGAAUGUGAGAUAUACCAGAAGAGUUCAAGAAAACAGAGCAGCGGGAGAGGGAAAUGAGAUGGAGCCCUCAGAGGAUGAAGAGCAUCACACUGAUCUUGGGUCACAAAAAUGCAAGAAGUCUGAAAUAAUGUUGUAAAAGGGAAGUUGAUAUACAUUUUUGUGUGGAUAUAGUAUAGUUAGUUAUUGAGUAAACUGAUUAUUCAAUCAGUCAUCAUUCACAAUGGUCCAUUAUCAAGUGUCCUGGUGCUGUAAUCUGGUGCCACAAGAGUCAAUAUUCACAUAGAAACUCCCCAGUUCAUAGUGGCCACUUAAAUGUUUUCUAUGUAGUUUGCCUCGGUAGGACCACAGACUUUUUGGAAUCAUUUCGAACGAGUUUAAUUUAAUUUAGAGAUUCUGAAAGAUAAACAAAUAAGCCCAGUAACAUACUGAAAUCAACAUCAUUGUUAUAGGACUUUAUACACAACACAGUUGAUUUGAAGUACUUGGGAAUCGGUGCAUGGAUCACCGCUGACAAUAAGGUGAUCACAACUGUGUUGUCUGGUGUUUACUGUUUAUUUACUAUAUAUAUGUAUAUGAAAAUAAAACCACUGGUCCCAACUCCUAGUUGACACUGCACUUCAGUAUUUUACCACGUGAGGGCGCCUGCUGAUUGAAGUUUAUAUACUUCUUUGCGGACCUUUAUUUUCCGGCCAAAAAUGGUGAAAAGUAGUACUUAAACUAAUACAAAAAAUGUCUGAGGUCUGAAAUUCAAACUAAUCUUUUUCGAACUCCUGUAACUUCUAAUGUGUGGGAAAGUUGCGAUGAACAAAUAAGCUGGACACCCAGCAGAAAGAAGUGAUCUGGAUCUGUGAGAAGUUGAUGUGAAAUGUGUCCCCAUAAUAACUAUACAUGAAAUUAAUAAAGUUGUUGUGGGAUUACUGUAAAGUCAAACCAAAAAAAUAAAAGGUAGGUUGUAGGUUUUGCAUAGUUUGUAUCACUAAAGGGAUUAAUAAUGUUUAAUUAAGUUUGGUUGGGUUAAGAUGUGAUAAUAAUUCCACUGCUGACGAAAGUCACAGUAAAGCAAAAGUGAGAGGUUAAAGACAUUUACAUGGUUGCAAAAACAGACAAUUCCCCAUUACUAUUAUUAUAUUAAUGAAUGUCCAACUAUCUAGACACAAUGGUGGGAAUAUGAUUUUUAUUUUUACUCCUUAAAACUGGUUCCUGACUCAACUACACAAGUGAAGAUUCAAUGUUGUUAAAGUGAAAGAUCCAAGAUAAGAACAACCAGCAGCUUGCUAAUCUGAUACAGCACGAAACCCAACUGAUAAGUACUGCACACAAAUGUUGCACAAUUUUAACAAUAUGGUUCACUGCACUGCUCCAGAAAAUGUACAAAUAGUGAACCGAC